AUGAGCCGGGAUAUCGUGAAGGCUAUCGACUUUGCUGGACAUAUAGGCCGUAAACUACGCCUGCCGAAGGAAGCUGUGAACGUCGCGCAGGUGUUGAUCCACUCGUUUUUCGAUUCCAACUCCACAAAGGAGUUUGAUGCACCGCUGAUAUCCUUGAGUGCCUUAUACUUGGCAUCAAAGGUAGUUGAAUGUCCAUGCCGACUCCGCGAUGCGAUCAGUGUGGCGUAUUGCCACCUGCAUCCGGAGCAGCCUCUCCUGGAGGUCAAUGGUGAUCUCUAUUGGGAACUACGAGAUAGCAUAGUGACGUGUGAGAUGCUGAUCCUGAGGUGUGUCAACUACAAUGUGGACAUUGUUCUAUCCCACAAGUACCUAUAUAUAUACGCAAUGGCCUUGUGCACAGCUAUGGCGGAUGGGAAAAAAUGGGCGCGGCAGACAACCCAACUAGCCUAUAUGAUCAUCAACGACAGCUUCCGUUCUGCUGAUGUUGUGGCGAAGGCACCGAAUGUUAUCGCUGCUUCGGCGCUGUAUCUAUCGUUACGUCUGUUAGAUAAAUCUGUUGCCAUCCAGGGAGAGUCGCAAUGGUGGGAGACAAUGGGCUGCAGCACUGAUGAACUACUGACAACUGUGGAUGGUAUGAUGGCGGCGUGUCAAAGGACGGCAGAUGACAACGAGAGGUGACACAUAUGAAAGAUUCACACGUGGAUGAAUUCGACAUCCUUGUUAAAAGGUAUUCGAGGGCUUUAAGUCAACCAACCGAGGAAAAUACGCCGACGAUAACAGACGUGGAUAGGAAGUGUGUACACCUGUGC